UUUUUUUGGAAUGUCAACUCUUGAUACCUGAGCAUUUCCAACCCAUAAUCUAAACAUGUUUAGUACGCGAGCUAGCACUUCAAUGCUCUCUAUGGCUAGAGCAAUGACAUUGAACACAUCCCGUCAAUCAAGACGAUACCUUUCCAAUCUUCCUCGAGAGCGUCGGUCCUUGCCCAAAGAAGCACCUCGUCGAACACCUCUUUUGGUCGGAGCAGGCAUAGUAGGUGUGUCUCUGUGGAUAGGAGGACUUUCUUAUGCUAUGAACUAUCAGCGACAAUCCAGCAGCGUUGUGCACGGAACACUUUUUACCGUUCGCUAUGAUCCUCGAGUUCGCGCUCUACUUGGAGAAAACGUUGGGUAUGCUGACUCCUGGGCUUGGAUUGACGGCUCCGUCAAUCACUUGAAGGGUCAAGUCAAUAUCAAGUUUAAUAUCAAAGGCGACAAUGGUCAAACGGCCAAGGUCCAUUUUGCAUCACGUAGAGACGGUAACCAAUGGCAAACCUUGGUUUUCAACGUAGUCAGGGAGGAUGGCGUUGUCAUCAAUCUCGACCAGCGAGAAUUGACUGAUACUGGUGCCCCAGUGAUGGCCCUUUCAUCUUGAUUUUGUAUCUUUUAUGUUUGUACAAAGGCUGUAAAAUAGAGGAAAAAUCAGGCUAGAUUUUAGUAUUUUAGAUAGAUAUUUGAUAAACAGAUGCUUGGUUUUUCAAUUUUUUGUACGUUUCCCGCUGCUUUGAAAUGUGGUCAACGUACUUAAGAAAGAUUGCUAUCCCAUCAUUCCCAU